AAUAGUUUCCUUCCGUCGUUCAAUAUUGUUUACACCGGUGUAGGCUUAUCUAGUGGUCGGUGUUUACUUAAUUGUAUAUGAUGGCGGUGAACGAAAGUAAUCCCGUAAAUACGUUCCGCAAUUAUUUAAAUAUUCUUAAUGAUUCUUCUGCAAAAGAAGAACUCAAGCUAAAAGCUACGCAAGAACUUAGUGAACACUUUGAAAUGAUAAUGCAAAGUCCAGCUUACCCGUCUUUCUUAGAAAAUUCUUUAAAAAUAUUUAUGCGUAUACUGCAGGACGGCGAGCCUCAGUUUAUUCAAGAAAAUACAAUGCAACACAUCCGAAAGCUUAUUUUGGAGAUGAUCCACAGAUUGCCAAUAACAGAAAGCUUGAGACAACAUGUCAAGUCAAUAAUAACUAUGAUGCUUAAAAUAUUAAAAUCUGAUAACGAAGAAAAUGUUAUUGUAAGCCUUCGCAUUAUAAUUGAGCUCCAUAAACAUUUUCGCCCAUCGUUUAAUCCUGAAAUUCAACUUUUUCUGAGAUUUGUUAAGGAUAUCUACACAAACCUUCCGAACCAUCUUGCGUACAUUUUUGAAACAUCCAAUGAAAUUUGGAUAACAGAUUUGAAAGACUUAAAUUUUGACGUGCUUCUGUCUGAAGCAUACUCCAUAAGGACCAUACAUGUUGAAAAGCUACAUGACUCAAAUUCUCAUCAGCAAAUCUAUAAUCUUCUUCCUCGCGGAAUAUUAUCCUUAAAAGUUUUACAAGAGCUCCCAAUAAUAGUUGUCCUAAUGUACCAAAUAUAUAAAAACGCUGUACAUCAAGAAGUUGCAGAAUUUAUUCCUUUAAUUUUGACAACCAUAAAUUUGCAACCCACGAUAACACAAAGAAACUUGCCACAAAAAGACAUUUUUGUGGAUUUCAUGGGCGCACAAAUUAAAACACUGUCGUUUUUGGCGUACAUUGUUCGAAUAUUUCAGGAAGUGGUGAUUGCCAGCUCAUUAUCUGUAACCAGCGGUAUGCUAAAUCUAAUGAGAAAUUGUCCGAAGGAAGCCGCUCAUCUCAGAAAAGAGCUUCUUAUUGCAGCCCGUCAUAUAUUUGCCACAGACUUACGUCAAAAAUUCAUUCCAUCAAUUGAUAAACUUUUUGAUGAGGACUUGCUUAUUGGAAAAGGGAUCACAUUGGACUCGAUUCGCCCUCUCGCAUACUCAACACUAGCAGAUCUUGCUCACCAUGUUCGCCAAAGCCUUAGUUUAGACGUAUUAAUUAAAGCAGUAAAUCUUUUUUCAAAAAACGUUCAUGAUGAAACACUUGCUGUGGGUAUACAAACCAUGUCUUGCAAGCUUUUGUUAAACCUGGUUGAUUGCCUACGACACCACAGUGAAAUAGAGCCUCAAAGAUCUAGAGCUAUUCUUUCAAAACUUUUAAAGGUUUUUGUCAAAAAAUUUGAAACUAUAGCCAAAAUUCAGCUUCCAUUAAUUAUUCAAAAAUGCAAAGGACAAUCUUUCUCUGGACCUUCGACAAAUUCUUCAAGCCCCGCUUCAUUGUCGCUUAUAAAUGUGCCAGAUCUAAAGGAUGACCACAUAUCUAAUGAACCAGCCAAAUCGUCCGGAACUGGAAUACAGUGGGUUAAUUCCGUAAAUGUAGCUGAAUUUCGAAGCUUAGUUAAAACUCUUGUUGGUGGAGUUAAAACCAUUACAUGGGGUUUUUUCAACUCUAAGGUAUAUUUCUGAUACGGGUCUUCCUAAUCACGAAAAGCUGUUUAGUCCUGACAUUUUACACUCAUAUAU